AAUAAUCAUCUUUGUCAUUAUAACACUAGCCUGAUGACCAAUUCUGAUAGUUAUCCUGAAAGUGAACAUUUUGAACAAUUGAAUUAAGCGAGCAACAUCAUUAGUAAACCAAAAAACAACAAGCGAAAUAACGAAGUCAACAUAAACAGCAAUCAGCCAAACCAGUCCAAUGACGAUUAUGAUGGCGAAAGAUGAAUUAGUGAAACAAGCCAGAGGGAAGUUGGAAAAAGAAAGGGAUAAAGAAAGGGAACAAGGAUGAUGUCUGAAUCAAGAUAAAUGGCGAAAAAGAAAGAAAAGUAAUGAAAGAGAUCGAAUGUGAGAGAGUUAAGGAAGUAAGUCUAUUAUGAGAGUUUGGUAACAAGUGAGCAAAAAGAGUAGGAGAAGAGGGAGAAAGUUUAAAUGAUGAAAACAAAGUUGGAUGAGAGUUGAAUCAGUGUUUAGAUGAAUCUUUCGUUGAGCCGGUUCAUUUUCAAUUCAAUGUUCACCAAAUGUAGCUUCAAGAGUGCUUCAACAUUUUAAAUUGUUACCUAUUCUCAUCUACUGUCAACCAGAACCAACAACGCUAUUGCCAUCACGUAGUAAUCGUCAAAUUGAUCGCUAAUAAGGAUUGGGGUCAACAAUAGACAAAAGAAAGGAUAAAAAGAGGAAAAUUGAUUGAAAGCCAAAUUUAAUUCAAAAUGACAAUUCGACAAGUUGACGGAACUGAACGCGGUGAAAUCAAGGAAAAGAUCAUUGAUCAACCCUGUGAAUCUUUUGAUGAUGAGAUUUUCCUGGAUGCAACUGACGAUGGUGUUACUAUUAAGGAGACACAAUUGAUUGAAGAAAUCCAAGAAGAACAACCAAGUUUAGAGCAAUCAAUGGAAGAAGUAACCAGAGUAUUGGAACUCGCUCUGAGCAACCAAUUUGAAGAAGCUGGUCAAAUUGCUGAUAAAUGGGCUGAGGUUAGUCUUUAUCAUGCACUUGGCGCGGCUACACUCACUUUUUUCAAAGGUGUUCUGACCCUGGAACAUGCUCAAAUUAAGAAUACAAUGGAUUCAUUAAAACACGUUAUUGACCUUUACCAAAUAAAGAAAUAUCAAAGUAACUCAGUGGCCAGAGUUGUCUGGAAGCCAAAUUACAACAAUUACACUGAAGAUCAAAUCCAUGCUGAGCUGGUUUAUGCUGAAGCUCAAUUGAUGAUUGCCUUGAUGACUUUCUUACAAGACCAAAACUUGAUUAGUUUAGUUAAAGGAGCUUUAAGGAUUCGAUCAUGUUUCCAAACUUAUAAGGAGUGUAAUAACAUAUUAAAUCAAAGGGUUUCCUGGUCAUCUGAAAAGGUUAAAAGGCAUUUUGAAUCGGGAGUUCGCAUGGGAUUAGGAACAUUUAAUUUGAUGAUUUCCCAUUUACCAAGUAAAGUUUUGCGACUUUUGGAGUUCGUUGGUUUCUCUGGUAAUCGGUCAAUUGGUUUCACUGAGUUGGAAGCUUCAACUGCAAUCACUGACGGAUUGAGAUCACCAUUAGCCAAGUUAAUUAUGAUGGCUUACUUUUGUUACAUUGAACAUCUUUUUGGUUUGGGUAAUGAAGAUUUAACUCUUGUAACCAACAUUUUGUCCAGUGCUAUGGAAAAAUAUCCAAAUAGCGCUUUCUUCAUCUUGUUUGCUGGUCGGAUCAAUCAACUUGAAGGUAAAUUAAGUGAAGCUAUUUUAAACUUUGAAAAAUGCAUUGCAAUUCAGAACCAAUGGAAACAACUUCAUAACAUUUGCUAUUGGGAGCUUCUUUGGUGUUACACAAUCCGUUGUAAUUGGAAAAAGGCAGCUGAAUAUGCUGAUAUACUUCGCAAGGAAUGUGCCUGGUCUCCAGCAACCUACACCUAUCAAACAGCCUCAUAUUAUUACAUGUCCCAUGAAGCUGAGCCUGAUGAAAAGUUACGAGCUCAGGCAUUUGAGUUGUUCAAACAAGUUCCUGGUCUUCGUAUAAGAUAUGCUGGUAAAACGAUUCCUGCGGAAAAAUUUGCCAUAACAACAAGUGAACGAUUCGUUUCUGGUGAGAAAAGGAUCAUCGCUCCAGUCCUAGAGUUUUCAUAUAUCUGGAACAUAUUUGCCAUCAUGGAAAAGGAUAAAACAUUGAUUGAUCCAAUGCUCAAGUUAAUUGAAAAACAAUUAGACUCUCUUAAGAGCGAAAUCGAUGACUCCGAGAAACCAUUAGAUGAUUAUUUGGAUUUAAUUUUAAUGAAGGGAAUGUGCUUAAGAAGUAUGGGAUUUCCUUAUCAGGCUGAACAGUGUUUCCUUGAAAUUAUUGAUAAUGAGAAACGACUUGCUCGAGAUACUUAUCUGGCUCCUCAUGCAGCAAUGGAACUUGGAUUAACUUAUGUUCGUCUGAAUGACCUUCCAGCUGCUCGUCGAUGGCUGGAAAAGUCUCGUAAAGAUUACACUGGUUAUCUGUUGGAAACAAUGGUUCAUUUCCGGGUUCAUUGUGCCAUGCGUAAUAUUAAAAUAAUGGAGAAACAGUCAGCAUCCAUCCCACCGUUAACAUUGGAGGAAGAGGAAACCAGUUCCCUUGACUCUACACCGUCACUUCCCUCUGAACCUCUUCCUCUGGCUGAACCAAUCAUGCCAACUGGUAAAGGUCAAUCGUCAUUCUUUGAGUUGGCCAGUAAACUUCAAGCUCGUUUCUCAUUCGGAUUUGGAGCAAGCUAUGAUGAUAGUCAAGUUAAAUUAUAAACAAUAUUGUUCUGGAAACCGUUGCUUGAUCGAACCUUUUUUUUAUCUUUUUUUAUCUUUUCUUUUUGUUCGUUUAACCCAUUUUAUACGCAUCGGAACCACCAAAUUCAGCUAUCAAAAAUUACAAGUAAAUUAGAGAGAAUAUAAUUUGUCACCAAUGAAUGUUAAUAAUCCCAAAUAACUCAGAUCUCAUACAAACAAAGCAACAUUUAUUUCAUUACAACCAAAUCACCUUGAUUGGAAAUUUAAAUUUUGUUAAUUAUUUCAUGGUAAUUCUGGUUGAGCAAACAUUUAAAGUAAACAUUGACUUUUCUUCUCUCAUGUAACAUUCAAAAAAAACAUAUUUUAGCUUCCAUCCAACUUCAUUACAAGAUUUUCAAUGCCACAUCUUUUUCAAUUUUGAUUUCCUUUUUUUGUCCUUUUUUCAGCUUUAUUGCUAUACCAAGGUUUAAAUUACUUUAUGACUUCCUUAUGCCUUAAGCAUGUUCAUGAGUUGAAUAUUAUUAUAUUAUAUUAUGUAAUUGAUCAAUGAUAACUGUUAUAUCAAUGUCUCGAUGAACGUCAAUUUCAAUUUUAAGCUUGUUUCUUGAUCACAAACUGGUCGCCUUCAAAGUCCAUUUUAAACAUUUUGUUUUGACCAUUUUCUUUGUCCACUUUUCUACAUCAAAGAAUCCGUUGAAACAUUUGAUUGUCCACUCAUAAACAAAUUGAUUAUCCUGAAAAUUCCCUGAAAAUCUCAAUUUUCUACCCUUUUUAUUAAACUUAAUAUAAUGUUAAUUGUUAUGGAGUUGUUUUGGUAAAACUGAUUAAUAACAAGUUGUAUAUUUAAACAUUUGUUGUCAUAUUUUAAAACUAAAUGCAUUUAAUAUAAA